AUGAGACCAGGAGCAGGAAAAUAUCGCAACUUCGGCGAACUGUGUAAACAGUUGUUCGUCUUGGUCGCAGCUCUGUCGCUUGCUGUUGGGUGUGCCACGCUAGGGGCCGAAGCACAAUCGACAAUGACAGCGACUGCAACAUUGUCACCAACAAGUUCGGUGGCUCCAUCGGUGUCAGCGACGAUGACACCGACGCCGACGAUGACACCGACGCCGACGCCUACGAUGACACCGACUACAACAACGUCACCAACAAUCGUGCCGACGACGAUUUCCACCUCGAUUGCGAUAUCCGUUCAGAAUCUUUCUCUUUGUUUGGCCGUGGCGACGGAUUUGCAGAACGAUCUCGAGGCUCGCUUCAUAGGCCUGGAAGUGAAUGUUAGCGUGACUGAUAACUGCGACACGGUCUUCGGUUCGGGUACAUCAAGGCGCCUCGCCACCACAUUAGACAAGAGCAAUCCUCGUCUGGAACGAGCAUUGGUGCGCACUUCGGGCGGCAGUGUUGUGACCUAUGUGAUUAAGAUCUCAGGAGACACAUCCCUCGCCAGUGAACUGCAAAUUGUGCUUCAAACUUUCACCGACCUGCUUUCUACAAUUCUACCCUCUGGUGCGACACUUGCUAUUAUAACCCCGACACCGAGUGCAACGCCAACACCAGUUUGCACGAGUGAAAUCUGCGGUUCUCCGGGCCAGUACACAAACCAGGACGCUUGCGAGCAAGUCGGAUGCUGCUUCAACGCCCAGACGAACGCGUGCACCCUGAAGAGCGUCUCAGCGGCCUGCAGCGCUGUUCCAGUGACACAGCGCGUCCCCUGCGGCUGGAGCUAUAUCUACCCCGACGAGUGCACUGCGAUACCGGGAUGCUGCUGGCAGCCCACAGCGAACGGCAUCCUGGCACCCUGGUGCUACUACGACAUCAACCAUGCACCGCAGGCCUCUGUAGCGCUGCAGGAGGUGCAGGCACCGGUUCCCCUCUGCCCGUCACCGGGAGCGCAGCGCCAGCCGUGCGGCAACGCGGGCAUCAACCAGUUUACGUGCUAUGCCCAGGGCUGCUGCUACGACUCGCAGGCGCAGAACCAGUGGGUGCAGAACGGCAAGCAGCAGAGCGACUUUGAGUCGAACCCGUACUGCUUCCAGCCCGUGAAGACGUGCGCGGUGGGCGAGUUUGAGCGCCAGCCGUGCACGAACGCGGUGAAUCAGAACCAGCAGCUGAACAAUAACAUCAACAAUAACCAGUUUGUGCGUCUGCUGAACACGCUUCUGUACGGGGAGCAGCACGGGACGCAGCGCACGAGCUACUCGCCGCAGCAGUGUCUGGAGGCUGGUUGCUGCCUGGGGCUCAGCAACGAGUGCUUCCAGCCGAUGACCGAGUACGUGUGCCAGACCUACGGGUAUGUGUCGAACUCGCUGAGCGGCACGACCGGCAACGUAUCGAACUCGAGCUAUAUUCCGUGUGGCCCGGAGUGCUGCAACGCCGAGACGCAGAACUGCACGUACAACCCGUUCAGCAACAACAACAACCAGCAGCAGCAGCAGCAAUUGCAACAACAGCAGCAACAACAGGUGCUGCUGCCGUCGUUCUGUGUGUGCAAGGACCCUACGAAGCAGUGCGGGACGUACCUGAUCCCUUCGGAUAACCUUGUGAACAAGGUUCGUUGCUGCCGCGCUGACGAGGAGUGCAUCAACAACCAAUGUGUGGUCAUUAGUCCAACACCGACUCCGAGUCCCGUGGCUGUGACAGCGACACCCUCUGCGACGGUGUCUGCAACAGUCUCUGCGACGGCCUCUGCGACAGCUUCUGUGAGUGUAUCCGCGAGUGCUUCAGUUUCAGCUUCUGUGUCGACGUCUGCGAGCGCCUUCUCCACAGUGUAA